AUGGAGAGGGUCAGUAUGGAGAGGGUCAGUAUGGAGAGGGUCAGUAUGGAGAGGGUCAGUGUGGAGAGGGUCAGUGUGGAGAGGGUCAGUAUGGAGAGGGUCAGUAUGGAGAGGGUCAGUAUGGAGAGGGGUCAGUAUGGAGAGGGUCAGUAUGGAGAGGGUCAGUAUGGAGAGGGUCAGUAUGAGAGGGUCAGUGUGGAGAGGGUCAGUGUGGAGAGGGUCAGUGUGGAGAGGGUCAGUGUGGAGAGGGUCCGUAUGGAGAGGGUCAGUAUGGAGAAGUGUGGAGAGGGUCAGUAUGGAGAGGGUCAGUAUGGAGAGGGUCAGUAUGGAGAGGGUCAGUAUGGAGAGGGUCAGUGUGGAGAGGGUCAGUGUGGAGAGGGUCAGUAUGGAGAAGGUCAGUAUGGAGAGGGUCAGUAUGGAGAAGGUCAGUAUGGAGAGGGUCAGUAUGAGAGGGUCAGUGUGGAGAGGGUCAGUGUGGAGAGGGUCAGUAUGGAGAGGGUCAGUAUGGAGAGGGUCAGUAUGGAGAGGGUCAGUAUGGAGAGGGUCAGUAUGGAGAGGGUCCGUAUGGAGAGGGUCAGUGUGGAGAGGGUCAGUAUGGAGAGGGUCAGUAUGGAGAGGGUCAGUAUGGAGAGGGUCAGUAUGGAGAGGGUCAGUAUGGAGAGGGUCAGUGUGGAGAGGGUCAGUAUUGAGAGGGUCAGUAUGGAGAGGGUCCGUAUGGAGAGGGUCAGUAUGGAGAGGGUCAGUAUGGAGAGACCGAGGACGUCUGUCUGCAGUGUAGCUCUGCUUUGGUUUCAGCUCUGA